GUGAAGCCAUCAACAUGAAGACCUGUGCUUUUACUUUGGUGACUCUAUUCCUGGCCAGUUGCUGCCUGGCUGCUCCUGCUACCCAGCAGAGGAUUGAAACCGAUCCCGAGUUGACUGCUGGCUAUUUCGAGGGCGACAUAGUGCUCGGUCCUGAAGGAAGAAAUGGAAUUCGCAACGAGUCUUUGAGAUGGCCCGAUCGCAUAGUGUACUACUACAUCAAUUCGGACAUAGACACCGAACACCGCAAUCACAUAAUUCGUGGUAUUCGCAUCAUCGAACGCAGUUCGUGUCUGGUUUUCAAGGAGGCCAGCACUGAUCAGGAUUACUUUAUUAAUGUCACUUCCUUUUCGGGUGGUUGUUUCUCUUCCGUGGGCUUCCGUAAUAGGUCUCAACAGUUGAACCUGCAGAAUUAUAGCCUGGAUACGGGUUGCUUCCGGCUGGGAACAAUUGUCCAUGAGUUCCUGCACGCUCUGGGUUUCUAUCAUCAGCAAAGCACGUGGGAUCGUGAUGACUACGUUCGAAUUGUCGAGGAGAACAUAACGGAGGGAUCACAGAACAACUUUAACAAGUACGAUAAUGAAACCGUCGAGGCCUAUGGAGAACCCUAUGAUUACUCCAGUGUGCUGCACUACACGGCGUAUGCGUUCUCUAAGAACGGAGAAAUGACCAUUGUGCCGCUGCAGGAAGGUGCCGAACAGCUCAUGGGUCAGCGUUUGCAAAUGACCCAGUCCGAUAUUAACAAACUAAAUGUUAUGUACAAGUGCCCCAGGCAGGUAUAAUAUACUAUUAUAUAAUACAAAAGUUAUUAAAUACAAAAAGUUAAUAAA